ACUAACAUUAUUUAAUUGCACUCAGAUUUUUGAACGUUGGCCCAAACAGCAGAUCCCUCUUUCUUUUAAAAUUCCAUCUUCCCCCUAAAGCUCCUUUACCAACUAGCCGUUAUUCCUCUCUCUCUCUCUCUCUCUCUCUCUCUCUCUCUCUCUCUCUCAUGGCAGCCUCAGUGGAUGAUACUCCGUCACCUGCUCAUCUCAACCAGGUCUUUUUCUUCUUGUCUCCUUCUUUUUCUCUCUGUCUCUUCAUCUUUCCGUGGAGGGCACAAGCUUCAUGGGUUCGUCUCCUGCGUUCAGCCCCUCCUCGGACAAGCGCUUCUGGAGCGCACUACGCAGCAGGAUCGACACCCUUCUUGAGCAUCGUCAAAGCAGAAUCCCGAGCGAACCCUCUGUAUCCACCCAAUCGAUUUCCAGAGGAUCGGACCGAGCUAAGCGAAUGAAGGAAGACUCUUUGCUUCUGAUGCGAGGGUUUGAUUCCGUUGCCAACACUCUCUCCCUGCUAUCUAACAAUCUAGACAAUGCACUUCAGGGAGCAAGAGAUCUAACCAAACCACCCACAUUGACUGAAAUAUUUCAAAGCAAUCUGAACAAGUCAGAUGGUAAAGAAGACGAUUCAGAAAAGGAACAAAAGGAAACAGAGCUCAAGAAAGGAUUGAAAAGGAAGUUUGAUCAAAGUCAUGCUUCAGAGGAUAAAGAAGAUGAAUCUCAGAAGGCAAAUGAUGAGCAAACCCUAAAAGAUGGGAAGCUAAACAGAGCAAAAAAUCUCGCAGUUUCAAUGGCAACAAAAGCGGCUUCGCUUGCAAGAGAACUCAAGUCAAUAAAGUCAGACUUAUGUUUUAUGCAAGAGCGAUGCGCGCUGCUCGAGGAAGAGAACAGGAGGCUCCGUGAUGGUUUUGCUAAAGGGAUAAGACCAGAGGAAGAUGAUCUGGUGAGGCUUCAAUUGGAGGCAUUGCUGGCGGAAAAAUCCAGAUUAGCUAAUGAAAAUGCCAAUUUAGUGAGGGAAAACCAGUGCCUUCACCAACUUGUGGAGUACCACCAAAUCACCUCCCAAGAUCUCUCAGCAUCUUAUGAACAAUUUAUACAGGGAAUGUGCUUAGACUUCUCGUCUCCACCACCGCCCAUACCUGAGGCAGAUGAUGCUAAUUGUGAAGUUUUUCAAACACCUCAAGCUCAUCCUUUUAGCUUCUGCACCUCUCUCGAUGAGCGCUAUCAUGACGAGCAGUAGGAGGGUAGAGCUUCAGUUUUGAGAAGCUAGUGUGCUAUAUAACUUAUCAUGUCAACUGCAUUUGGAAUUGUGUUUUAUUUCAAAUGUACAUUUUGGAUUCCUUGUCGACAAUGAGGCAAACUAUUUAUUCUUGUAGGGUUUCAUUCACGUAAUAAAACAAUGAUUUGGUUACA